CAGGAGUUAAUGUUUGAACCUGGCCAUAAAGAAAUCAACGACUGCUGACCUGCAACCCAUAUUCAAAGGGGGAAAAUCCCCCUAUAAAAUAACCCACAGUGGGCAGCCCAGACAGCAGAGCUGUGGGUCAGUGGUGGAGAGGGAACUAAGCUCAUUGCCAUCAUGAACUUCACCGGCAAGUACCAACAGCAGAGCCAGGAAAACUAUGAGCCCUUCAUGAAGGCAGCCGGUGUGCCAGCUGAUGUCAUCCAGAAGACAAAGGAUGUCAAGAUGAUGUUGGAAAUUGUGCAGAAUGGGAAGCACUUCAAGCUCAUCAUGUCCGUCGGCCCCAAAGUGACCCAGAACGAGUUCACCUUGGGGGAGGAGUGUGAGCUGGACACUGUGAUGGGCAAGUUCAAGACGGUGGUGAAGUUGGAAGGUGAGAAUAAACUGGUGACAAGUUUCAAAAACAUAAAAUCUGUGACUGAACUCAACGGGGAUACCAUCAUCAACGUAAGUUGGUUCUCUGAGCUGUGGCUCCCAGAGCUUGAGAGGGAAGGGCAGCAGGUAGAGGAGUAAGUCACACUCCACCUCCAAUUGCCCCAACCUCUCACUCUCUCCUCCCAGCCCUGUUUUCCAUGGUCAGUACCCACAGCCACUCCCCAAGGACCUGCUACUACAUAGCAGGGAAGAUACGCACCUUGCUCGAGUCUCUCCAACAACCCUGACGGAGAGACAGAGGCAGGAAACAACUCGGAAAUGGCAGAACUAGAAUUUCCUGAAAGUGGGGGCCGGGUGGGGGGUCAUCUGCCAGCCACACUUGUUUAUAACAUCAGCCUCCAGGCUCUGCAGGUGCUGGUGGCUGCCUGCCAGAUGUCAUCAUACCUGUCCAGGGUCUUUCCCCAUCUUCCCUGCAACGAUCAUCCAUUUCCACCUGCUGCCUGCCUCUGCUCCUUGUUGCCCAUGGCCUGUCUCCUUUUGGCACCCCCAUGGGAUGGAGUAAGGGUCAUGUGGGGCAGGAGGGGGCACGGGGAUGUGGCCAGCCAUCAGCACAGUUCCCUUCUUGUCUGUUUCCUCUGGGAGCUCCGAGGGUGGGAACCCCUGCAAUGCCACAAGGAGUGCCUAGGUCUCCCAUGGGUCCAGGGAGCCCCACACUCAAGGAAGGCUCCAGCUGGCCAGAAG